AUGAGGACCUCGGCCGCUGGUUUCCUCCUCGGGAGCUUGGUGUUGGCCUUUAGUCUGCCUUUGGUGGUGACUUUACCAAAAACACUGGCCAUCCCAAAGAAACUGCAGCAAGCCGUGGGGAAGGUUAUUGUCAAUGCCACCAGCUGCACGGUCACCUGUGGCCUUGGCUAUAAGGAGGAGACCGUCUGCGAGGUGGGCCCUGAUGGCGUGAGAAGGAAGUGUACGUCUCAGCGCUUAGAAUGUCUGACCAACUGGAUCUGUGGGAUGCUCCAUUUCACCGUUCUCAUAGGGAAGGAAUUUGAGCUGAGCUGCCUGAGUUCAGACAUCCUGGAGGUGGGGAGGGAAGCUUUCCGGUUCACCUGGCGACUUGCUCGCGGUAUCAUCUCAACUGAUGAUGAAAUCUUCAAACCCUUCCGGGCCAGCUCGCACUUUGUGAGGUUCGAGUCUAUUCAGGAGUAUGACUCUGGGACAUACCGGUGUGAUGUGCAGCUGUUAAGAAACUUGAGGUUUGUCAAGAGGCUCUAUUUUGGGCUGCGGGUCCUUCCUCCUAACUUGGUGAACCUGAAAUUCCAUCAGUCCCUUACUGAGCAUCAGAAGUUAGUCGAUAAGGGCCUGGAAGUGAAUCUGGACAAUGGUUCUAAGCCUCAUGGCCCACCAUGGAAAAAGAAGGUGGCUGUAGCUUUGGGAAUAGGGAUUACCAGUGGAGUAGCUGGUGGUGUGUUGGUGAUCAUUGCCCUGGGCAGUGGGCUGAGGCUGAUCUACAGCAGUACUGUCCUUGAGUCCUUCAGAGCCUCCCUCCGGAAAGGCUGGCUGCCCAGGAACCUGCUGGGCCCGUUCAGGAAGCCAGGCUAG